UGCGCAUGCGUACACCACGUACACCGACGCAUCGAGCUUUCUUGGCUGGAUGCUAGCUGGCUAGCUAACGCGUUGUGAAGUCUCACGGGUUCGAAGGGGAACACGCAGCGGUGGAGAAGAAGGGCGACUGUUGAGCCGCUUCGAAAUGGCCGGACAGCAGUUCCAGUAUGAUGACAGCGGCAACACCUUUUUCUAUUUCCUUACGUCCUUCGUCGGACUUAUUGUGAUCCCGGCUACAUAUUAUCUCUGGCCGCGGGAUCAGAAUGCUGAACAACUGCGUCUAAAGAGCCUGCGGCGGGUUCACGGCAGGUGUCUGUGGUAUCGGCUCAGGUUGAUGAAAUCACAGCAAAGCAUUGUCCCAACUCUAAAGAAAGCAGCUUUGCUGUUUGGGUGGGCGGUGUUCCUGCUGCUGGCUUACAAGGUCUCCAAACUGGACAGGGAGUACCAGGAAUACAAUCCAUAUGAAGUCCUCAACUUGGACCCGGGUGCGUCAGUGUCAGAAAUUAAGAAGCAAUACCGUAUACUGUCUCUCAAGCACCACCCUGACAAAGGUGGAGAUGAAGCCACAUUCAUGAGAAUCGUCAAAGCCCAUUCUGCACUAACCAACGACGAGUCUCGGCAGAACUGGGAAAUGUACGGAAACCCCGACGGCCCCGGAGCCACCAGUUUUGGUAUCGCCCUCCCUGCCUGGAUUGUUGACCAAAAGAACUCGAUGCUGGUGCUGUUGGUGUACGGACUUGCCUUCAUGGUCAUCCUCCCUGUAGUGGUGGGCACGUGGUGGUACCGCUCCAUCAGAUACAGCGGAGACCAGAUCCUCAUCAGCACCACCCAGCUCUUUAUGCAUUUUAUGUACAAGACGCCAAACAUGAACAUGAAGCGUUUAACCAUGGUGCUGACGGCAGCAUUUGAGUUUGAUCCUCGUAGCAACAAAGAAGCCACCAUCAGACCCACAGACAACAUUGAAGUGCCACAGUUGAUCCGUGAGCUAGGAAACAUCAACGUAAAGAAGAAGGAGCCUCCGUUCUGUUAUCCCUACAGCCUAAAGGCCAGAGUCUUGGUGCUGGCUCACCUGGCCCGUAUGGAGGUGUCGGAGGAGUUAGAGGAAGAUCAGAGGUUUGUGGUGAGGAAAAGUCCAGCUUUCCUUCAGGAGAUGAUCAACGUGGGCUGUCAACUAACCAUGAUGGCCAACAGCAGAGGAGGUUUCCACGCUCCUCGACUGGUAACCAUUGAGAACUGCAUGAAGCUGACCCAAAUGAUCGUUCAGGGUCUGCAGGAGUCCAAGUCGCCUCUGCUGCAGCUCCCUCACUUUGAGGAGGAGCAUCUCCGCUACUGCAUUUCUAAGAAGUAUAAGGUGCGAACCCUGCAGGAUCUGGUGAGUCUGAAGGACUCCGACAGACGCAGCAUGCUGCGCUUCCUGGGGGAGGAGAAGUAUGAUGAGGUCAUGGCGGUAUUGGGAACCUUCCCUCACAUCACCAUGGAUACCAAACUUCAGGUCCUUGAUGAUGAGGACAGCAAUAACAUCACAGCAGGCUCAAUCGUGACAGUAACUGUCACCUUAACCAGAAAGCGCAUGUCGGAUAUAUUUGAAAAAGAGCAGGAAUCAACAUGUCAAGGAGAUGAGGCGGCCAACACAGAGGAAGCGGGAGAUGCAAAUAAAGCUAAAACCAAAGUGUGGCAGAACAAGAGUAAAGGGGCGAAGAAGGCGGCCAAGUCCAAGAGGAAAAAGUUAACCAAGAAGAAGGCCACUCCCGCUCUUGCUAAAACCAAGCAGGCUAACGGCAACGUGACAGGAAAUGAAGCUACGGCUGCAGCAGUAGCAGCAAAGGAGGAAGAGGAUGAAGCUUCAGACAAAGGCAGCGAAUCAGAUGAAGGUGAGGCUAAUAAAGAUUCGCCCAGCGAGAGAGACGAGGACAGCGACAAACAGAGCGACACCGAAGUAGACGAGGUGGCCGGAGACGACGAGGAGGAGUGGGAGGCCUUGCAGCAGAGCAUCCAGCGGCGAGAGCGGGCGCUACUCGAAACCAAAUCAAAGGUGACGCAUCCCGCUUACAGCCUCUAUUUCCCCGAGGAGAAGCAGGAGUGGUGGUGGCUGUACAUCGCCGACCGCCGGGAUCAGACCCUCGUCUCCAUGCCCUACCAUGUCUGCACGCUAAAAGACUCAGAAGAGGUGGAGCUCAAGUUUCCUGCUCCCUCCAAAACCGGAAACUACCAGUACUCCGUCAUCCUCCGCUCUGAUUCCUACCUGGGACUGGACCAGAUCAAACCACUUAAGCUGGAGGUCCACGAGGCCAAGGCUAUGCUGGACAACCACCCGCAGUGGGACAUCCCCGACACAGAGGAAGAAGACGAGGAGCAGGAGGACAGCGAAGGCAUUGAGGAGAGCGAUGACGAGGAUGAGGACAAUGACUGAAUGUGCAGUCGAAGGUGACGCCUAUCCACUAGUGACGAGGAGAAGCAAAGCUGUGCCUGCCACAAACGACACAUCACUGGGGACAGUUUCUACACGCAGAGCCCUCCACCAUGUUAACUUUACAAAAUGUUGUAAACCGUGACCCCACCUCUCUUCCUUUCUCCGAUUUCCUCCUUUUACAGAGAUUUGUUCAUUUACUGUCUGCUGCUGGCGGAAGUGAAUUCAGUGAAUACUAACAGGCCUGAGUGAGUGUGUGAGAGGUGUGUAAGUGUCUGUACAGGUAUGAGAGGAACACUUUGCACUGGAGGACCUUAUUUCUUUUAUGAAAGGAAGAGUGAGGAUUAUAGAACUGCUAAAAGUAACAAAACCUUUGAGACAGAAUCUACAAAGCUUUAGACUUCUUUGUCUGGGAACUUUGGAGUCGACUAUUAAAGAAACAUUCUUCUCUUUUCAGUGCAUGGGGGAGGGGGCACAGUUUUUGUUUUAAUUUGUCAUCCUUGUAUUUCCAUGUACUUGUACAAACCAGUGUGCACUCGCCGAUGCGUCUACAGAGAUACAAUCUGCUUUUGGUUCUGUUAACGAUGACCGUUCUGUCCUCAACAUGAUCCUUAAAGAAUCAACUUGUAAAUGGAUCCCAACAUGAAUCGUUGGAGAAAUGACAGAAGUGACAGUGUUAUAAACUGAGGUCGACUCAUCAUCUUCAUAUAGCACAUGAGCAUUGUCAGUCUCUUUAAGGGACUGUUGGACAAAUGUACAUUAGCGUGGUUUUUUAGCAUACUUCUUUCAUUGCUGUAGCACAUUCCAGUUAAUAGUUAUUGUUUUUAAAAGGCCUUUAACCCAAAUAAAAUAAAUAACUUUAUAUACAAGCUCUCUGGUGCUAUGCACUGGUCAAAUACAACUUUGAAUUUUAUUUUUCCUAGUUUUUUCAUCUUUUCACAUCAUCCCAGCAAGGAGUUUGAUCCCUCAAUACGAUCCAUCCUUUUGCAUUUUUGUGUAAAAUGAGACUUAGUUUUAGGGGUUUGAAUGUGAGAUCCCUGCUACAUUUGGCAAGGAGGAGUGUCCGGAAUAAAACCUUUCUUAGUUUGGGAUGAAGCCAAUUUUUCCUCUAAAUCAAAGCAUAACAACCUUUUUAAGAGUAUCUGAAAAGCUUUUUUCCUUUUUGUUAUCUUGGGAAGCAGGUUUUGUGAAGCAAAAUGACAUCCCAUUUAGUUAUUUUUGUGUUAAAUGUUUGGUUUUGUUUAAUUUUCCAUGUUCGAUUGUGGGGAGAAAAAUCUCUCACCGUGUUUCUUCAGUUUUAUUAAUCUACAGCCAAUAUCUUAUGUCUUUCUCUACAGUACAAAGGAGUGUGUAAUGUCUGUGUGAGAGAGGUAGAAAUUUGAAAUUUAAAUUGCUUCUUCUCCCUCCGGCUCUCAGGCACAAACUCUUAGAAGCAGGUGUUUAAUAAGUUAUUCAUUCUGAAUAUUUAUCACUAAACAAUAGAAUGUAGCAUCAGAGAAUAAUGCGGUUUGGAGGAAAAAGAGAAAAAAGUGAGGAAAAAAACCCACCAUCCCUCAUAACAAGCUGAGUGGUCAGCAGGCCACCUCAUCCUGGACAAGCCCUGAAAAAUGACUAUCUGCCACUUUUGUUUACAAAGGAACUGUCAUUGUAAAUGGGAAAUAUAUAUAUAUUAUUUGUAUUUAAAUCAUUUCAAAUAAAUUGUUUUAAACUA